UCAUUCGUUUCAACUACCUAAUAAUCCAACCCACCACUACACUCUUUUACUUACUUUUCAAGUAACCAAUUCACUCGCUUCAAUAUGUACUCCAAGAUCAUCGCCAUCUUUGCGUUCGCCGCCGUUGCCGCCGCCGUCCCAACUCCUGGCCUUGCUGGUCUUCCCAGCCUUCCCAGCACCAACAGCAACAACAACAAUGGAAAUGCUUUCCACGAUACCGACAACACCAUUGAUGUUGUCAAGAAGUGCAGCCCCAACCAGGCCCUCUCCUGCUGUGACGAAUCCACCCAGAGCUGCUCUCCUCUUGCCCUGGUUCAGGUUCUUCCCAUCGGCCAGGCCUGCGGCAACGGCAACAAUGUCCAGUGCUGCGACAUCGACAACUUCGGUCUCAUCAACCUCAACAUCCUCAACUGCAACCGCAUCUUGUCCUAAGCUUUGAGCUUACCCCGAAUCUGGACAUCUUCCGCAAUCUGUGGCGCAAGCACAACAACCCGAAUGGCAACAAAGAAUGGGGUGUGGUUGGAUGAUCUUUUUUCGAUUCACAGUGGCCUGACCAGUACGAAAAUCCUUUGGGGGUGAUCUCAGGGUCGGAUUUAGACGGAUGGAUUGGCUUUGGUCUUUCGGUUUGGAAAGGUUCGAUCGUGUUAUCACAUGCUGGAUAGUAUAUAGUUCUCGCCAGGUCUCGCACAUCUUCUUUUUAGACUUCUGGAAUAUUAUCUUGUAACCUCAAUACCUCUUCCUUGUGGCCAUCUGACCCCAGAUUCUUUGCAAAAAUCUGGCCUUUCCCACUAUACUGACAUCUCUCUGCGCCGUGACAAGUUCUUUGCAUCUGCAUGAAUGCACCCAAUUGACAGUUAUUUUCAUAGACUUCUCUGCGUAUCUUGAGCCCUCCGCGCUUUUUUCAUUUGUUCGAUUGU